AAAAAAACUCCUCUUUUUUUUCAUUUUUCUCUUCUUAUAACACAGAUUUUGAAUUUUUUUUAUCACACAAAUUAAACACAAUUAUUACACAAGAAAAUUUUAAAAAAUGUUUCUAUUAAAAGAUUUUUCUCGAGAUAUUGGUAAAUUACUUGAAAAUAGUCGUAACACACAUGACAUUAUUAUUAGAGUAGGAGAAGGAACAUCACAAAAAGAUUUUAGAGCACAUUCACUUAUUUUAAGAGUGAGAAGUAGAUAUUUUCAGAAUGAAUUAACAAAUAUUGAAAAACUUUAUAAAGAAAAUGGAAUAAUUGUUUUUGAUAAACGAAAUUAUUCACCAAAAAUAUUUAAAAUUAUUUUAAAAUAUUUAUAUACAGGAAAAAUUGAUUUAAAAAAUUUAGAUACAUUUGACAUUUUACAAGUGUUGAUCACUUCAAAUGAAUU